UGUGUUCCGUGGAGCUGCACUCUCUCGCGGCUCUACUUGCACGAAACCGUACCCCAGAAUCCUUCGCGUGGCCCCGGACCCCACCCGGAUCGACCGACGGCGGUGACAUUCAAAGCUUAUUGCCCCAGGAAAGAGAUGAUAAAUACUAAGCCUCCUUGACCUCUUGGGACCAAGGCACUCCAAGGCACUCCAAGCAUUUCCACCACCAUCUCCAUCUUUCAACAUGCCCGGAAGACAUGCAGCAACGGUCUCCUUGGCCACCCCGGCUCCUCGUGAGGUAUACAAUUCGUAUGUGUACCUUACUGCCAUGGUUGCAUCCAUGGGAGCGUUCAUCUUCGGUUAUGAUCUAGCCUUCAUUGGAACUACCAUUACCCUCAAGCCAUUCCUCAAGGACUUUGGGUUGGCUCAUGCUUCUGUGUCUACCAAAGAUGCCUUCUCUGCCAACAUCGUUUCUCUUCUUCAAGCUGGUUGCUUCUUCGGCUCUUUGGCUGUUGCCCCGCUCGGUGAUCGUCUUGGACGCAAGCCUGCGUUGUUGAUCGCCGGCAUCUUGUUCUGCAUUGGAUCGUUGAUGCAGACUGUCAGUUUCGGUCGAGUGGCUCCAAUGUUUCUUGGCCGUGCAAUCGGUGGUCUCGGAGUCGGCCUUGCCAGCGGUAUCGUACCCCUAUACAUUGCCGAGCUUUCUCCUCCAGCCAUCAGAGGGAGACUCGUCGGCAUCUACGAGAUUAGCGUACAGACCGGAACUUGCAUCGGAUUCUGGAUCUGCUAUGGCGUCCAGAGAAACAUGGCUGCUAACUCUUCGCAAUGGAUCACACCCUUUGCUAUCCAGUUUGUCCCUGGUGGUCUCUUGAUCAUCGGCAUGUUCUUCAUCCCCGAGUCGCCCAGGUGGUUGGCCCAACACAAAUCACGCGAGAUUGCAGCACACACCCUUUGCAAACUUCGCGGCUUGGAGGAAGACCACCCCUAUCUUCAAGAAGAGUUGACUCAUAUCAUGGAUACCGUCAACGAGCAGCUUGAAAGCCCUCAUGGCUCAGGCUUGGUCCAACAGUGCAAGGAACUCCGCAUUCCCAGCAACCGCCGACGAAUUUUUGUUGGAGUAACCAUCUUCAUCUUUAUGCAGUUCGCGGGCAGCAACGCGAUCAAUUAUUUUUCACCUCGUAUUUUCAAGUCAAUUGGAUUGAAAGGACAGUCCACUGGUCUUUACGCUACCGGAAUAUAUGGCAUCGUCCGCCUGAUUUGCGUCGUCAUUGCAAUGCAUUACGUCGUCGAUCGCUUCGGCCGCCGCAAGAUGCUCAUGGGAGGCGCAGCAGUCAUGGCAACAGCAAUGUGGUUCAUCGGCUCCUACAUCAAGAUCGCCAACCCUACUGCCCAUGCUGUAGGUCUUACCGCAGGAGGCUACGCAGCAAUUACCUUCAUCUACAUUUUCGCUGUCGGUUUCUGUUUCUCCUACGCAGGAGUGCCUUGGAUCUACUGUGCUGAGAUCUUCCCUCUUCGUAUCAGAGGCUUGGGAAUGGCGCUUUGCACUGCCACGCAUUGGUUGUUCAACUUUGUCAUUGCGAGAUCGGUGCCUUAUAUGGUUACCAACAUUGGCUACGGCACGUAUUACGUGUUUGCGAGCUGUACGACGCUCUCUAUCGUCUUUGUUUACUUCUGCGUGCCAGAAACAAAGGGGCUGUCGCUCGAGGAGAUCGAUGUCGUGUUUGGUGGACAAGUCUUGGGCGGACUGGACGGCGCUGCUUUGGAGGAGGUAAAGAUGGGCAUGAAGGAGGAUUCUGCACAUGUCGAGUACGCGAGAGCAUGAUUUGUGACUGUAGAAACUGCCUCCUAUCUCGU